UAAUACACUACCUUAUUCAACUUAAAAAUACAAUAGUUUCAAAGAAAAUGUGCACUUACCCUCUUAAGACCCGAUAAACGUGUUUACUAACUGGCUUCAAAAUUUUUAGCAGGCAAACUAUACCAUGACCCAAGCUGAGAACGAUUGAUAGCCAAUAGUUUAAACCCUUUUGACAGUUUUUUUAAACAGAUUUGUUUACAAAUCCGUAAGGAAAAUCCGCGUCCGAUGCCGCUUCUGGAUGAAACAGUGACUAAAAUAAGAGCAGCAACAACAAAAGUGUAAAAAAAGAACCAGUUCUACCACUUAGACCAAAAGUACUGGAACCAAAUCACAAACAAAACAUCUGUUCGCUUCCAAGGGUGGGGAGUGCCACCAGACGGAACCAUUUUUAAUGAACGAAGCCAGAGGAAGAUGCCAGGAAAACAAUUUUGAUCAUAUAAGUGAGCCAACAAAAAUUAUAGGAUGACAGUGCUUAAUUUUUCUUUGGCCCUGUGAAUGUUGGCACUCGAAUUACAAAUUCUACAUGUAUAAAAUAAUACUGAACUUAAUCAGUAUCUAAAAUUGUAAGUUCACUUGGUGAUUUAGAUCCGUAUUGUAGCCACAAAACUUUGCUGCCAUCCCUGAAGCGGUGGUGUGAAACCAGUUCCGAUUCAUGAAAACAUAAACAUCUGUAGAUUGUAGGUUAUUUUGAUUUAUAAUAAAUGCAGAUAAAUUCACAGAAAUAUCAAUUAAAAUGAGUAAUCUCAUAAACUUCGCCCUAAGAAAGGGUGCAAGUUUGUUGACAAGACGCAGCCUGCAAUGUUUUCGACUAACAGUUCCGGUUGUGGUUAACAAAACGCCGGUGGCUGGCGCAAUAAAAAGGUAUUCCUCUGGAGCUGCGCCUUUUGAUGUGAGCACAAGCGUGCCAAAGGAUUUAAUCCUCUUUAAAUAUGAGAAUCCAAGGUUCUACAAGAUGCUCAACUUUUUCGGAAUAUGCCAAUUUGUGUUCUGGACAUAUCUUUCCCACUUUGCCUUUACAACGCUAAAGGAUGCGCCCGUGGUGGAGAAUCCAGGGGAGGAGCUGAAGUGGUUUCAGCGCAUAAAUCUGGGCGAAAAUAAGUACAGGAAUGCCAUCACUGGUUGCUGCUUUUUGAUUGGCUACGGAAUUCUGUUUGCUGUUUGGAUGUUUACGCUUCGCUCCGUGCGUUUCCUCAUCCUACGCAAGGGCGGUCAGAGUGUCUCCUUUGUUACCUAUGGACCUUUUAACCGCAAUCGUAUCAUGACUGUCCCACUUAAAUGCAUCUCAGCGCAAGAGUCUCGUGCAAUGGCCAGAGUGCAACUACCAAUCAAGGUGAAGGAAAGGACACUCUACUACGUGCUGGAUAUGCGUGGAGAAUUUCGUAAUCCCCAACUGUUUGACUACACGGCGGGAUUAAAGCGACGCAUUUGAAAGUAAUUUGUUUAGUUCAUUGAAAAUGUUGCAACUUAUUUGUAAAUACACAUGUACCCUAAUUAAACG